AUGGCCGGCAAAGUCGACAAGUCCAGAAAGCUCGAGCCGGUGCCGAAGCCGGACGAGAAGCUCUACCGCGACCGGAUCCAGGCCGAGACGGCCGCCAUUGACGACUUGCGGGCCAAAAUCGUGCGUCGGCACCUCUUUGCUGCUUUCUCUGCGAUUGUUGAAUUCGCGUGCAGAAUGGGUCAAGUCGCGUGCAGAAUGCGUGAUUUCAAUGAGCUCCAGCAAAAGAUUUCCGCCGUCAUUGGCGGCCGGGAGGAAUACAACAUGGAGAAGCAAAACAGGCAGGCUCGCCUGGACGCGUUGCAGAAAGAAAUAGACCAGCUCGAGGAGCAGCGCAAGGUCUUGUUCGAGAAGAUCCAGUCGAAGCAAAAGGAGGGCGCGGAGAUGAAGCAAUCCGCAACGGACCUGCGGCGGAAGAUCGGGUUUUCGUGCGUGGAGGAGAUUGAGGAGAAAAUUGCGGCGGUGGAACACAAUUUAAUGACUUCAACUUUGAGUUUGAAAGAAGAAAAACAACUUUUGGAAGAAAUUAAAAGACUCAAAAACAGCAAGCCGCUGCUUUCCAAGUUCCGCGCGCUGCAGCAGAGCGCCAGCAGCCUCGAGGACGGCUCCGUGGUGCCGCUGCGCGCGGCCCUCGAGGAAGUCCGCGGCAAACUUUUGGAACUUCGCGCCCAAAAACGCGCGGAGAGUCAAAAGUACAAAGAGCUCCUCGAAAGACGGCAAAAGGCAACAGCGCCGGGCCGCGAAAUGAUUGAAGAGAGAGAAAGACUUUCUGCAGAAAUGAAUAAACACUUUGUGAAUAGACGGGAGAUUCAGGCGGAGCUGAGCCGCGAGAUGCAGAAGCACCAGGCGUACAUACAGCAGGUGAAGCGCGAGCGGGGCCUGAAGCUGCGCGAGGAGCGCGAACGGCGGAACUUGGAGAACGAACGCAUGCAGCUCACGAGAGACCUCGAAAGAGUGGAGUCCGAACUGCCUUAUGAGGCGGAGUGUUUGCUGCUUUCGCAAACAAUUCAAUUUUUGCAAAAAAUCGCCGAAGACCCUCCGGCCAGCAGCGCGGAGAAGCCCGCGGAGGCGGAGCCCGUGGCUGAGGAGCUGGCCGGGGCGCUGCCCCCCAAGAGCCAACGAAAAGAAGUCUUUUUUUACGCGCCGAAGCAAAAAGGAAAACAGACGAAAGAUCACGAGAAGAAAAAGGAAAAGCCGAAGACUUUGAAGUACGACGUGGGCACUUUGGCCUACUUCGAGCAGUGCGGGCUCACCGCGCCCGUCCUCAUGGAAGAUGUCCCGACUUGUUUGGAAAAGUUGGAAGCAAAGUUGAAAAACUACAAAGAAUUGCAGCAAGAAAGCGCGCAAAAGGUCGACGAGCGGAAGGCCGAGAUCCUGGCGAAGAUCCAAACAGUCAACGAAAAGAUAACAGCGCUGAUGAAAAAAGAAGAAAAACUUCAAGAAGAUCGCGAGGGCGAAACUGCAGCAGACGGAUCGCCCACAGCAGAAGAGGCCGACGACGAGUGA